AGUGACCUUUUCUGUGAGAAUUCGAUUGCUAUCAAUAAUUAGCAAGUAGCAGCAAGCAAACUUUUGCUUAUCUUCCUGAUCCUCCAGUCCACCACGCCUUCUACUUCCUCUUGUUCAGGUUUGUUUAGCUUCAUGUUCUUGCGAUUUUGAUAUUGAGAUCAAUUUGAUCCAAUUCAAACGCAUAUUUUGGUCCAAAAAUGAAACAAAAAAGCAUCUGAUCUCUUCAACAGAUCGAACAAAUGUUAUCCAGUAGAAUCGAGAUCGGUACAUGUCGUCUUCCUUUACUUUUGUUUAGCUCGAUGUUCUUACAAUUUUGAUUUUGAGAUUAAUGCAUAUUUUGGUUAAAAAACGAAAAGAAAAAGGAGGAACCGUAGCAUCUGUUUCAAUCGAUUGAAAAAAUGUUAUCCAUUAGAAUCCAGAUCGAUACAUGUCGUUUUGUAGAACGCCUAGAUGAUUCUACCGGUAGGAUACGACAGAAAAAGGAUAAACAUAUAUCAAAUCUGGCCAAUUGACUACAUGCAGAGGUUAUCUACUCGAGGAAGCCUUCAAUUUUAUUGGUCGGUUCAUCACUUGGAGGAGAAGAAACGAAAAUUGGGGGUUAUGUGGUCCCCUGUCCUUCAAUUUUGCCCUAAAUUGUUUCAUUCAUAUUUCACUCGAGAUUGAGGUUUUCUUGCUUCAGAGAAAAGUGAAAAUCGAUAUGGCGAAAGGAGAAUCAACGCCUCUGAAAUCUAUGGUGGUUGUAUUCGGAGCCGUAGCUUUUGGUUGGGCGGCGAUUGAGUUAGCUUUCAAGCCGUGGCUCAAUAAGGCUCGAGCCUCCAUGGACAAGUCAGACCCUACUCGUGAUCCUGAUGACGUCGAUGUCGACACUGCUAAUAAGCCGCCGGAAGCACCCGAAGCCGCAACUCCCUCCUCCGACAGCGGCAACACUCCCUAAAUAUUCCUACGAUCCGUACCAAUCUACAUACGUAUGCUAUCGGUUAGAUCUGGUACAGUUUCUAUCGCUUGAAAUUAUUGGAUUAAUUCAGGUUUGUAUCUGAUGAAUCGAUCUUUCUUCAAUAAUCUCGUUUUUCAUUUAUUCAAUCUUUCAUUUGAUCAAA